AUCCCGGCCUCGAGAUUCGGCCUCCGGGAAAGGAAUUCAAGGAAAAAUUUCCCGAGAAUCGCAAGGCAACUAGCCAUUAACAUUCCUGAGAUUACCCCAGUCCUUCAGGAAAUAGUCCGCGAGAACCCUGAUAUCAUAACAAAGACAAUGCGGGAACACCUCGAGCGAUCUAAAAUCCCUACACAGGCCAUAGUGGUGGUGAUUGACGCAUUAGAUGAAUAUGAUGGAGAUGGAUUUUCAAAGAUUGCGGACGAUGACCGUAAGGACUUUGUUCUCGAUGAUAAACCUCCUGAAGUCAUUGGGCAUGACAUAUUGCUAUUGUUUGAUUACCGAUUAACAGGGAUUAGAACAGAACGCAUCCUACUAUCAGACUGGCCCGGCGACGAAGGUCUGCAAAAGCUAGUGAUAGGACGUAUCUUCCUGUUCUUGAUCGUCUUCUCGGCAGACAACACAAUAAUCGGAGCUAUCGUAACACUAGAGAGUCUACUCUCGGUUCCCUCACUUGCAAAGCUUCGGGACCUUCUAGAGCGGCUUGUUCGCCUUCGACUAGACCCACUAUACUCGGUGCUAAGAGGGCUAGAUAACGAAACGGUGCCCGUGCGGCUUUUUCACUCGUUAUUUCGAGACUUUCUUCUUGAUCCAGAGACCCGGAAAAAUACUCCUUUGAGGAUAAACGAGACAAAGCACUAUAUAUCAUAUUAUCCGAGUUGGCGCAUUGCACAAGAUGGUAUACCUAGUAUCGACAAGCGUACUUUAGCUCCGGAGGAAGGUUGCUAUCGACAGUCUGAGGAUCAGUUGGAAAAUAGUACAGCA